CUGGAGAAAAUGAAUCAUUGACGUUUCGGGUCGAGACCCUUCUUCAGACCGAGAGUCAGGGGGAGAGGGAAACUAGAGAUAUGAAAAGGUAUAAAGAACAAAUGAAUGAAAGGUUUGAAAAGAACAAAUCAAAGCCAGUAACAAUGACCAAGGACAGUUGGAGCACACAAUGGUCCAUUGUUGAUAACGAGAGGAUGCAAAAAGUGAAGAUGGUGCCUGACCUGCUGAAUUACUCCAGCAUUUUGGGUCCUUUUUUUAAAAUAAUAAUUAACCUAAAUCUAAAAUUACAACAAUAAACCAACCAAUAAUGGAAUUCACUGCAACUUUAGAGCUUGCUUUAUUAGUGAUGUGCUGUAAUAAUUGUUUUCUUAAGUCUGAUAGGGGAGUAGCACUCAAUUCCUUCUCAAUACCCACUGUCCGAUGGCUCUAAUGUUGUUUAGCCUGAACAGAAUUGUCGCCAAUGCCUCUGCAACCCGCCGUGCCACCGGUAGGAGGCAGACAUGCUCUCCACUCCAAUGCUGAGCAUAUAUUCCUUUACCUCGCAAGCUUUUAAAGUCUUGCCCGUGGCUGCUUUCAUUCAAACACUGCCAAAUCACACACACACACACACACACAGCACACGCAUUUCAGCGGCUUCAAGUUGUGGGCGUGAAGCAGAGCGGCGGGGCAAGUUGAAGUGUGGGAGGGAGGCGACCUGGUGGAGGUGUUCGUCUGUGUCUCAGUCUUGGCUUCAUUGAUUGACUUGGUGGAUUUGCAGAGGCGGGGAGAAGGGAUUCCCGUGUCUCUUGCAGGAGUCAGCGCUCGGCGGCGGCUGACGAGGGGAUGAAUGCAACAAGGUCCAAGUGCUGUCACAUCGCCUUAUAAAUAAAGAAAUAAACUUUGCAUUGGCGCAUCCGUCAUGGCUAGGAACACCACCUUGUAUUUUCGUCUUAUCGAGGGAAGAAAUUUGCCAGCAAAGGACGUAUCUGGUACCAGUGAUCCUUACUGCCUGAUCAAGGUGGAUAAUGAAGUGGUGGCGAGAACUGCAACAGUAUGGAGGGACCUGAAUCCAUUCUGGGGUGAAGAAUAUACUCUCCACCUGCCCAUGGGCUUUCACAACCUCUCGUUUUAUGUCAUGGACGAAGACACAAUUGGGCACGACGAUGUCAUAGGGAAGAUUUCUCUAAACAGGGAGUACAUUGCAGCUCAUUUAAGAGGUAUUGACAACUGGAUAAAUUUGAUUCGAAUUCACCCAGAUGAGGAGAUUCAAGGAGAGAUACACCUGGGUUUAGAGAUUCUCCGCGAUCGGCAGACUAAAGUCCUAAAGUGCCAUCUUAUCGAAGCCAGAGACCUUGCACCGAGAGAUAUCUCUGGCACGUCAGACCCGUUUGCAAGACUGGUGUUCAACAACAAAACUACAGAAACAGCAACUAUAAAGAAGACUCGCUUUCCCCACUGGAAUGAGGUGUUUGAUUUUGAACUGGAGGAUCACAAGCCAACGGAAGACAUGAUCUUCACUGUGGAAGUCUGGGACUGGGACAUGGUGGGAAAGAACGACUUUCUUGGGAAGAUUGACUUUGAUUUGGAGGAAGUUCAGAAGACUCAAAUAACCCGGGGCUGGUUUAGGCUGUUGCCUUUUGAAAAAGUUGAAGAUGAUUCAGGUGGUAAAUUGGGAGCGUUACGAUUAAAGGUCAGGUUGGCAGAAGAGCGGAUAUUGCCCUCGAUGUACUAUCAGCCUCUGAUUGAUCUGCUGGUGGACUCUGUAAUCUCUCCAUCCAAGAGCGGUGCUGUGGACUGGCCAAAUAUAAGGACCACUGUGCCCCAAUCUGCACAGGCUUACGAUGAACGACAGGCAGCAGCAGACCACCUGAACUGGGUUGAGGAUGUCACCCCUCUUACCAUGUUGGAGGAGGUUACCACCGUGGAGAGCAGACAAGACAUGGCUGUGACACUGGUGAAGAUGUUCCUUGGUCAGGGCUUGGUGGUACCUUUCCUUGACCACCUCAACAUGAGAGAAGUGAACAGAACAACUGAUCCAAACACACUUUUCAGAUCAAAUUCUUUGGCCUCCAAAGCAAUGGAACAGUUUAUGAAGUUGGUGGGAAUGCCAUAUUUGCAUGAGGUGCUGAGGCAAAUCAUUAACCGUAUUUUUGAUGAGAAGAAAUAUGUUGAACUGGAUCCUAGUAAGAUUGACCUGAACAAAAUAAGGAGAAUCUAUUUCAAAGGGGGCCAUUCAGAAGCCAACGUGAGAGAAUGGAGCCAGGAGAUGUUAAAGUCAUACCUGAGUGAUGUGAUAGAUGCCAUUGUGAGUUCUGUGGAACAAUGCCCAGCCGUGAUGAGAGUUGCGUUCAAACAACUGCACAAACGAGUGGCAGAGCAGUUUCCCGAAGCCGAGAAUGAGGAUGUAAAGUACUUGGCUAUCAGUGGUUUCCUGUUCCUGAGGUUCUUUGCUCCAGCUAUUUUAACUCCAAAACUCUUCAAACUCCGAGAUCAUCACGCUGAUACGAGGACAGGGAGAACUCUGCUACUUUUAGCAAAGGCUGUUCAGAGUAUCGGUAACCUGGGGCUGCAGCUGGGGUAUGGGAAGGAGAUCUGGAUGACCCCCCUCCAUCCAUUCAUUCUGCAGAGCGUUAGCUGUGUGAAGGACUUCCUUGAUAAACUCAUAGACAUCGAUAAUGAAAAUGCUGCAGACCUGCAGCCACGCUUGACCUUCCACCCAUCACUGACCAUUAAGGAAGGCUACCUCCACAAACGCAAAGCUGAAGAUGUCAACCUUGUUACUCGCUUCACCUUUAAAAAGCGCUACUUCUGGCUCAGCAGUGAAAGCCUAUCGUAUGCCAAGUCUUCCGAUUGGCAGGUGAAAUCUUCCAUUCCAGUGCAGCGUAUUUGUGCCGUCGAGCGGGUGGAUGAGAAUGCUUUCCAGCAGCUCCACAUGAUGCAGGUCAUCACACAAGACAAUGAGGCACAGCUCCACAUAAUGUACAUCCAAUGCAAGAACGUGAAUGAACUGAAUCAGUGGCUAUCGGCUAUCAGGAAAGCCAGUCUCUACAAUCAACAUAUGCUUCCUUCCUUCCAUCCAGGUUCUUAUAGAAGUAACCGGUGGACAUGUUGUCUGCACACAGAAAGGACCGUGCAGGGGUGCAGCCGGACACACUCCGCCGUGACCCUGGGGGACUGGAGUGACCCCCUCGACCCUGACGUUGAGGCUCAGACCGUCUACAAGCAGCUGCUGCAAGGCAGAGAGAAGCUGAAAAAGAAAUACUUUGAGCCUCUAGACACAGGCUCGUUGACGGAGCAGGAGGAGAGAGUGGACACGGAUGGAACUAACGAGGCAGGGGUGGAGAAGAGUCGUUCUUUGCACGACCAACAAACAGCAGCCGUCACCAGGCUUCUGGAAGUGGUACAAGACCUCGAACAUGCCCACCAAGCAUUUGAAAGCAGGGAGAAGGAGAAGCAAGCCAACGAACUGUCCGUUCCCUGAGUAACUUGUUGCCACCGGCCAUGAGACUCAUCAGUGAAUGCUCUGUGCACAGCAUGCAACAAGUGGGUCUGUGGCUUUAAACAAGAACAAAGUAAAUAAUUUGCCUCAUUGCCAUUUGCAACACAUAGAUACAGAGGCCAGAAUAUGAUGCCCAUCUGGGGAAGAAGCUGCAUCAUUAUCACAAAUAACCCAUAUCCAUGGUAACACUGGGGUGAGUUGCCAUUUAAAGUAAAAAAAGGAGAUUUAAACCAUUAUCAAUGUAAGGACACUGAGGUUUUUAGCCCCUGAGCCAGUACUGUAUUCUAAAACCUGUCCCAUUUACUCAUUUGUAAAGGUGUCCUUCUUGGUAGCAUGCCACUAUACCACAGGAAAUCAACAAUCCAUCUUAGCAUAGUGAUUUAAAGUAAUCAAGUGUGUGUGAGGUUGGCCAGCCAUAGGCCCCAAGCAUCAGCUUAACAUACCUCUGGACUGCUGUAGACUGGUUCAGUGAAGCUGUGAUACUGGUGACACAAGGAAUUGCUGCUGCUGGAAUAUUGAGCAAAACACAAGUGCUGGAGGAACCUAACGGGUUAGGCAGCAUCUGUGGAUGGGAAGACCAUAAGAUAUAGGAGCAGGAUUAGGUUAUCUGGUCUGGCCCAUCGAAUCUACUCGACAUUAAAUCAUGGCUGAUCUAUCUUUCCUUCUCAACCCCAUUCUCCUGCCUUCUCCCCAUAACCUUUGAUUCCCUUGCUAAUUAAGAACCUAUCAAUAUCCACUUUAAAAAUUACCCAAUGACUUGGCCUUCACAGACGUCUGUGGCAAUGAAUUCCACAGAUUCACCACCAUUCUGGCUGAAGAAAUUUCUCAUCUCCAUUCUAAAGGUACAUCCUUUUAUUCUGAGGCUGUCCCCUCUGGUUCAAUGCACUCCCACGACUGGCAAAGUCCUUCCCACAUCCACCCUAUCUCGGCCUUUCAUUAUCCGGUAGGUAUCAAUGAGAUCUCCCCUUAUCCUAAACUCCAGCGAGCACAGGCCCAGAGCCACGUGAAACGUACACUACAUUUUGGGUCAGAUCCUUCUUCAGACUGUUUGGA